AUGGACUGGCCUGGUCUUAGUGUUGGAAGAUUCUAUGAUUCUUAUAGAGCACUAGGUGCUUAUGCUUAUUUGUAUCUGUUCGUUGAUGAUUUGCUGCUUCUGGUUGUUCUUACCGAGUUGAUAAUGAAGGAGAUCCUGAACUGGGAGGAUGAAGAAGGAAACAAUGCAUUGCAUACUGCAGUUUCUGCAAAUCAACCUGAGGCGGUGAAACUGUUGAUUGGUUCUGUGAAAGUGAAUAAAAAGAACGGUAAAGGUUUAACAGCUUUGGACAUCUUCAAUGAUCGCCAAGGUCAAGAUUUGGUAGAUGCAGCAGUUGGGGACAUUCUACUUGCUGCGAAAGCUAAAAGUGCAUCUCAACUCCAUUGUCCGUCUUUAAGAGGUUCAGAAGAAGCUUCACUAUUUGAGAACUCUUCCAGGGGCUUAUCAUUUUCUGCAAGAAUUCCGAAAAGCUUUGGUCUGGGUUACCGAAGCGUUGAUAAAGUUCCACUUGAAGUCCGAAAUGUUCUACUUGUGGUGGCCAUAUUGAUAGCCACAGCCACCUAUCAAGCUGCAUUAAGCCCCCCUGGAGGAUUUUGGCAAGAGGACAGCAAUCUGCAGCCUCCAGCCACCACCAGCGCUAUCAGUAACACCACGGCCAGCACCAUCUGUACUACAAAGCCUUUUGAUCACCUUGCAGGGAACAUGAUUCUGGGGUCUUUAGGCCAGUUAUUAUUUUUGACAUUUAAUUCUUCAGCCUUUUUUACGUCUGUGUGCUUAAUUGCCACCCUCGUGACGGGCUCCCAUUUUACAGAAUCAUUAUCCGAUUGAUAUCUUUGAUGGUAUUUUCGUAUUAUGUUUCUAUUCUUGAAACUUUUGACUACAACGAAAGGACCUCUGUAGGGCCUUUGCUUCUCAUUUUUCUGCUUGUAAGUUUUCUUGCAGCAUAUUAUAUUCCAGUAUUUUUAAAUUACCAACAACUGAAGCUCACAUGGCAUGGCCGCCGGAGGAACCUAUGUCUGGGAAGCUUUGAACAACCCAAGAUGUGAAUUCAGCUAGUGAAUUUAUUUUUCUGUGUCACUUGUUUAUGUUUUAUUUUUGGAGUAAACAUUGUUUGAAAUGUUACAUCUGCUCCGAAAAAACCUAAUAAAGUUGUUUCUUUCACUUUUGCAAAUGAUAAUUUAGGGCUGUCAAAGUCGCCAACCCCAGCUUGCUUUGGCCCU